AUGAAUGAUGUCAAAUUAUCCCCCGUUGGUCAUGCUACCACAACAACUUCUCAGGAUCAGCCUCCUGAACUUCACAGUGAUGCCGAGUCUCUGCAUUCCGAGCCUGAAUCGAUUCAGCCAGGGGUUCAGAAAGCCAUUCUCUUGAAGAAAGCAUGGUCACCUAUAAGCUUGACUAUAGCCUUUACCGGCUUGCUCCUCACCACCCUUGUUCUCAUCCUUUCCGACUAUUCACAAUCAGUUUACGAUCCCUACGUCACGAGUUCCUUCAAGCAGCAUUCAGCUCUGAGUGCUGCCAAGGUGGUUAACAACAUCAGCCGUAUCUGUGCUUUUCCAAUUAUUGCCAAAUUGAGUGAUACCUUUGGCAGGGCUGAGAUGUUCACGCUAUCCCUUUCUAUCUCGACCAUAUGCUUUGUUCUCUACGCGACGAGUCAAAAUAUUGGACAGUAUUUCGUAUCUGGUAUCUUCGAUGCGAUCGGCGGUACUGGUUUCCUGAUUAUGCAGCAAGUUUUCGUGGCAGAUGCUACAAACUUAGUGAACCGCGCAUUCUGGUCUACGCUCCCAGAGACCGUCACCAACCUCCCGGCAAUGUACGUGGGGACGAUUAUCGGAGAGAACCUUCUCACGCAUUCCACUUGGAGAUGGGGUUACGGGAUCUGGGCAAUCGUCACGCCGUUCGCUGCGAUUCCUCUUGUGGUGACAAUGUUUGUCUUGCAACAAAGAGCACGACGUCAUGGCCUAUGGGUGAAGAGCCUUGCCAGCGUGGCAAAUAGCAAGGACAGUGAUCCUUUCUGGAAAAAGACAUUCCACCUGAUCUGGACCGAACUCGACUUCCUCGGAAUGUUCCUAUUAACUGCAGGCUUGUCUCUGCUUCUUAUUCCUCUGGCGUUGACGGGCUCUUUCAACCCUGAUCGAUGGAAAGAAGCAUCGUUCAUUGCCAUGUUUGUCCUCGGCUUUGUGCUCAUUGGCUUCUUCGUGGCUUGGGACCUCAAAUUCGCGAGAAAGCCUCUAAUGCCGUAUCAAAUCGUGAAGGACCGGACUGUGAUCGCUGGAUGUUUGAUUCAGAUUUUGGAUUUCAUGGGCCAUUCACUCUUUAACGUGUUUUUCUCCAGCUACCUGCAGGUUGCUCCCAAUUACCCUCCCGGUCAAGCUGUUCGGAUCGACAACUCUCUGCGGGUUGCUUUUCAGAUCGUGGCACUUCUUGCUGCAGUGGGGAUGAAAUACACAAAGAGGACACAGAUGUGGGUGCUGAUGGGUCCGCCUUGCGUGCUUAUUGGCCAAGGUGUCUCAAUAUACAUUGUCAACAACGGCGGUGGACAAGGCAACGAAGCUGCUUUCGUUGCCGCUCGAGUUGCCAUUGGCAUCGGUAGGGCACUACUUCAAACGGGAUCUCAGGUCGCGGUUCAAGCCGUCGUCUCUAGACAACAGGUUGCGGUAGCGACGGGCAUCUUUCAAGCGUCUACCACCAUUGGGGGCGCCUUUGGCACCAGUAUUGCCGGUGCAAUUUGGCGGAAUACACUCCCAAACAAACUGCUGGACUAUCUGCCACAGGAGGACCGAGCCAGCGCCGCUAAAAUCUUCCAGUCUCUCCCUACUGCUAAGAGCUUCGAACCGGGGACACCUGCUCGCGAUGCCAUUGAUCAAGCCUAUCGGGAAUCUCAACAACUGCUUGGCAUAGCUGCCACUGCGAUCUCAGCACCGAACCUCAUCAUCAUGUGGUUCAUGAGAAAUAUCAAGUUGGAUGAAGAGAGUGAACAGGACAAGAUCAAAGUGGACAAUGUAGUUGAAAAAUUAAAAAGAAGCACAAGCGUUCCAGAGGAAAGUGAACGCCGAACGGUUGAGAAGAACUAA